GAGAGUGAGAGAGAUGGUGUAGUCUAAAUCAAAGAAGAAAGAAGUGGAAAAUUGUCGGGAAAGAGCACAACUUUUAUUCAUAGAUUACCUUGUACACUAAUCUUGCAGGAAUAUUUUAUUUCAUAUAUAUACCCCUUAUUACAGCCACCUGCCAAUCAUCUCUAUGCAUUUCAAAUUAGCCAUGGGGAAAAAUGUGAUCUUUAUGUUGCUAAUAAUUCUUUAUUUGCUUAUUUACGUUAUUGCAUCUCGCAAUAGCUCUACUGAUGAGUAUGCUCUUUUAGCUUUCAAAUCUCAAAUUUCUGAUCCAAAUAAAAUCUUGGCAAAAAAUUGGUCACAAGAAACCUCUUUCUGUUAUUGGAUUGGUAUUACUUGCGGCAGAAGACAUCAAAGAGUUAGAGGCAUACAUCUAACAAAUAUGGGCUUGCGAGGUACUAUUGCAAAAGAGAUCGGUGAACUCUCUUUUUUGAGAUCCUUGAUUAUUAGCAACAACAAUUUCCAAGGGUUUAUCCCUGACGAAGUGGGUAAUUUGAGCCAACUUCAAGAAAUAGAAAUGCAGUACAAUGAGCUGAAUGGUUCCAUUCCAUCAAGCUUUGGAUUUCUUGUAAAUCUACAAAAGUUAAAUCUCUCCCAUAACCUACUCAGUGGGGAUAUUCCUAACAAGAUUUUCAACACCUCUUCUUUGAUAGAAAUUGGUUUAGAAAACAAUGGUCUCUCUGGGCAUCUUCCAACGGAUAUCUGCGCCAAUCUUCCAAAGCUAGAGAAGCUACGAAUUUCACAUAAUCAAAUAAGUGGUGACAUUCCUCCAAGCUUGGGAACAUGCAUGAAUCUUGAACUACUUCAUCUAUCACACAAUAAUUUCUCUGGAAAUAUUCCUAUGGAAAUUGGGAACAUGUCGAAGCUGCAAAUUCUCUAUCUACAAAUAAAUGAUUUGAUAGGAGACAUACCUUCGACCAUCUUCAAUAUCUCUUCUCUCCUGAAAAUAUCUGUCAGAGGUAACCAAAUUUCUGGAAAGUUUCUGCAACAUCCAUGCAACCGAGCUACAAUGAUUGAAUAUUUAGACCUCGGUGAAAACAAAUUUCACGGAGAGAUACUUCCAAGUCUAUUGCAAUGUCGUGCACUUCAAGUUCUAGACAUCUCUAACAACAAUUUCAUGGGAAGUAUUCCAAAUGAAAUUGAAACCUUAUCAGCACUUCAAGUGUUAGAUUUAACAGGCAAUAACUUUGUAGGAAAUAUUCCAAAUGAAAUUGGAAACUUAUCAACACUUGUGCGUUUAUAUUUGGUAGACAACAGCUUCAAUGGAAGCAUUCCAUCUGACAUUGGGAACUCAUCAUCGCUUCAAUUUUUAUAUUUGAAAUCGAACAUCUUGACAGGUACAAUUCCAGAUUCAAUUGGCAGUUUAUCUAAUUUGAAGGAAAUGCAAAUUGGUAACAAUAGUCUUCAUGGUCAAAUGCCUCAAUCCAUCUUCAAUCUCUCCAUGUUGCAAAUACUUGGUUUUUCAUUAAAUAAUUUAUCUGGCAAUCUACCAUCAUCAGUAGCCAGUGGGCUCCCUGAUCUCCAAGAACUUUAUUUUGGUGGCAAUCAAUUAAGUGGAGAAAUUCCGGGCUGGAUUUCAAAUUGUUCCAAGCUUAUUUAUUUGGAGCUUAGUAACAACUCGUUCAGUGGACGUGUACCUAUUAAUCUUGGGAAUUUACAAGACCUACAAUAUCUAAACAUAGAAAAUAAUCACUUGACAAACGAUCCUUCAAUGUUGGAUUUGGAUUUUCUAUUAUCGUUGACAAAUUGUAGACACUUGAAGACCAUAGCAAUUGAUCAGAAUUCUUUUGAUGGAAUGCUUCCAAAAGCUUUGGGUAAUUUUUCGACAAAUCUUGAAGAGUUCUAUGCUUAUUCUUGUGGCAUCAAAGGUAUAAUUACAAGUGAAAUUGGUAAUCUGAGCAACUUGAUCAUUCUAGAUAUGGGAGGCAAUGAGUUCACGGGAAAAAUUUCUGACACAUUGAGUCAAUUGAGGAAGUUGCAAGUGUUGUCACUAGAUGACAAUAACCUACACGGGUCAGUACUUGACAACCUCUGCAAUUUGGUGAAUCUUUAUUACCUAGAUUUGCGGAAUGAAUCAACUCUCUCAGCAGCUACCAACUUGUCUAGGAAAUCUUAAUUUUCUAAGCGAACUUUAUUUAGCUUCCAACUUA